AUGGCUAAUCUUAAUAAAAUUGAUGUCCCAAUUGCGGUGACGCAUAAAACAAAACUUGAUUUAUCUUGUGACCAUGUAACUUCUAUGGGUUUCAUGACUACCCAGCCUGUUUAUUAUCGUCACAUGAUUAAAGGUGAACAUAUUAGUAUAAAUGCUUCUUCUACUGUUAGACCUGCGCCUAUUGAAGUUCCUACGUUUGGUCAAUUGAACCAAAAUCUUAGGUAUUUCUUUGUACCUUAUCGUUUAGUAUUCCCUAAUUGGGAUUCUUUCUAUAAUGAUGUAAUUGCUAGUAAUGUAAGUGAUAGUAGUUUAGUUUCAAGUCCUCCAAUUAUUAGUAAUUCAGCUCUUCAAUUUCUUUUUACUGAACGAGAUUUUGGUUUAUCUUCUGAAUCUUCUGAUUCUUCAUUUGAUUUUAUUUGCAAUGGUUCGCGCUAUUAUUAUACUUCUACUGGUCGUUUUGUUCUUAAACUUUUACGUAGUUUAGGUUAUGAGCCUAUUUGGUCUAAAGGUCAAGAUUUUGUUUAUAAUGCUUUGGGUUUGCUUGCAUAUAUUAAGAUAUAUCUUGAUUGGUAUGCUAAUUCUCAAUACCUAAAUAGUGUUGAUGUUUUGACUUUUGAGCGCGCUAUUAAGUUUAAUGACCCUACUAGUUUUUACAAUCUUACUGGCAAUACUUUGCUUUCUCUAAUGUCUCUUGUUGGUAAUGUUGUUUAUGAUGUUGAUGAUUAUUUUGUCAACGCUUGGGAUAAUCCAGUUUCUCCAAAUUCGGGUCAAUAUACUGGUUUUGCUUUUUCUGACCCUUCUACUAAUAAUGGUGCUUAUGUUGUUACCAAUAGUUUAGGUUCUCCUGAAAUGGUUAUGUCUAAUCAGUCCUCUCAGGUUGGUACUACUUAUAUUCAUGAAGCUCUUAAAAAACUUACUGAUUUUCAAAAGCGUCAUGCGCUUGCUGGUGCGCGUUCUAUUGAUAGAGUUCUAGCUCAAUAUGGUGUUAUUACCGAUUCUUUGAAACAACAAAGGUCUAUUUAUGUUGGUAAUCAACAAACGUCUAUUGAUAUUGGUUCCGUUUAUGCUACUGCAGCAGGUUCUAAUGGUCCUCAAAAUUCAAGUACUGGUGAUUAUUCUGGUGCUGGUUUUGGUAUGCGUAAGGAUUUUAAUGUAGAUUUUACUGCUGAUGAGGAAGGUAUCUUAAUUUGUGUUGCCUCUAUUAUUCCUACUGGUACUAUUGUUCAAGGUUAUGAUAGAAACAAUUUGCAUUUAGAUAAGCUUGAUUUCUUUGUUCCUGAGUUUGAUUCUCUUGGUGUGCAAGCAAUUGAAAAAGGUGAAGUUUAUAUUUCAAAUGGUGAGACUUUUGCUGAUAAUGAUAUUGAUUAUCGUGGUGUCUUUGGGUUCUCAGGUAGGUACGCUGAAUAUAAAAGACCGAAGUCGUUUUUUACUGGCGAUAUGUCGAUUGUUUCCGCUAUGCAGGGUGGCCGCUCUUGGACACUUAAUCGUUUCUUUAAUGACGUUUCUUUUUCUGCUGAUAUUCGUCGUCUGACUCAUUCUCUUUCAUUUACGCGUGGUUCUGAUGCAGACCAGUAUCAUCGUAUUUUCCAAUAUGUCAAUGAUGACUUAGACCCAUUUUAUUGCUUUAUGCAUUUUAAUGUGGCUUCCUUUGCUCCUUGUAAGCCAUUGUUUGAAACUUAUGAGUUUGACGAUGAUGGUAAAAAAGUCCCUACUGAAAAUGGUAAUAAAGUCAACUAA